AAGUUUAGAAUAAGAGUCAUCAGGCAAUGGAUGAUUUUGCCGUCCGCUGCUCAGCAUAACCUAGUAUUUCACCCCUUCUGUUUUGAGUAUUAAGAUUUGAUUCGAUGUCCUUACAACGAGCGAUGGGUAUUCAUGGGAAAUGUGUUUACCCUCGCAAUCUUAUAUAGCGGCUUUGGAAGAGAAGUGAUCCUGAAGGGAUGUUGCAUAGUCCGUUUAUUAGGAUAUAAACGGCCUUACAAGCGAAAGCCUUCGGUGAAGUUAAAACAUUUUAAAGAGUGGUUUCAGCUGUGAAGAACACGGUUGUCUCUACUCAAAAAGGACAGCCAAUCCCAUUACGACCUUGUUACUUCCAUUUUUUCCCAUACUGAACACUGAUUAGUACUUUUUCAUUUGUUAUAGUUAUUUUGCUCAAUACGAAUCUAGUCAGUGUACCUGUGUACGAAUGAUAUCGGAUGCGAGUAGUUUUGUGAAUAGUGAUAUAUGAAAUUGUCUUUCGUGUGUUGAUUGAUCAAAACGUGCAUUUGUUCGUUUUUGAGAUUGCAUUCGAUUAGUACGCUUAGCAUUGAUAAAAGAAUAUUGAUGAAUAAUAAGAAUGUGCUUGAAUAUCGAUUGAGAAAGUAAAUGUUGAUGAACAAAGAUAUCGAAUGAGAAAUUGGUGAUGUUCCUGAAUAUCGGAUGAGAAAGUGACUGCUGAUUGGUAACAAAAGUCUACUUCCAUGUGAUAUUUUUUUUUUUUUUUGUUAUAAACAUUUGUUUACAUUAUAACUCGGUAUUCACAUAUUCGUGGACUUUUAAGUUUUAUUGUGUAUGUAACUUAGUAUUUAUUUAGUAAUAUGAAUUUUGACGACAAACAAAGCUCCCUAAAUCUGUCGGGUCCGCCAUUAACGUUGUCAAGUACGGAUCGUUUGACUGGAACUCUAGGGAAUCUGAGUUUGUCCAGCUCCCUUGGGACUCCAGAAGAUACACCCGAAUUUGUACAACUUGAUCCUUCGUGUUACUGUGUUCACUGCAAGCUUGUUGUGAGAGAAGCAUUGCAACUUUUGUGCGGCCAUCAUGUUUGUCUACUUUGCCUUGAUCCACUGUUUGGUGAUGAAGACGUUAAAAUAUGUUCUGUCGAUGACUGUGGGUACCAGAUAAGCAAGUCGGAGGUUUUUCCAGAUACAUUCAAACGUCGAGAGGUUCUGAAGCAGAAAGUUUACUGUACAUUUAGGUCCCGAGGUUGUGACGCGAUUGCGGCAUGGAAAGAUUUAAAGAAUCACGUUACCCGAUGCGAGUUUGCACUGGUUCCAUGUGUGAGGGCAGCCGAAGGUUGUACAGCGUUGCUGCCCAGAGAUAUGUACGAUUCACACGUCAGAGAGACGUGCGACUUCCUACCCGUUACAUGUAACAGUUGUCAAACGGUUACCCUGAAGGGUAAAUUCCAGGCCCACAUCGAAAAGGAUUGCCCUAAAGCCAUGAUAAGUUGCCCCUUUUCGUGCGGAACACCUAAAUUUUUCAGAGAACAGUUAGACACUCACAGAGAACAGUGCCCUAACAAACCCAACCAGUGUUCAUUCUCUAGCAUAGGCUGCGAGUUCAAGGGAACUCUGCAGUCGGUACAAAGCCACGAGAAAGAUGACCUUGCAUCCCAUCUCCAGCUGCUUUCAAAAUACACAUCUGCUAUGGAGCGCCGAAAUGCAGACAUCAUGACAGAAUUAUCUGAUCUUAGACAAGAGAAAGCGAAAUGGCACCAACAUGCAAAGGCAUUGGAGGAGCAGUGCAACUUGUUGAAAAAAGAAAAUUCUGCUGUUAAAAAAUCAGAAAAAGAACUUACGGGUUCUGAUUGCGCACCACGGAGAACGUGUAAUUGGCCUAGACAGGAAGAUCGAAGAUAAAGCCUUGAUGACCACCACAGACAAAGCUUGUCCGUGAGGUGACCGCUAUCAAAGAGACUAACCAAGCCCUUAGUGCAAGGGUAACAAACAUAGAGAGGGCCGGGCCGAUUGUCGGAGUGGGCAACAUAACUGAUCCGGCUCAGCUGACCAGCAAGCUAAGGCACUUGGAUAAACAAACCACACUCCAUGAUGUCAGACUGGCUGAACUUGAUCUCCGAUUUCAAAUCCUAGAAACUGCAAACUACGAUGGAGUUCUCAUGUGGAAGAUUCGAGACUACACACGCAGACGGCAAGAAGCCGUGAACGGGCGAACCUUGUCGUUAUUCAGUCAACCAUUUUAUACGGGUCGCCAUGGAUACAAAAUGUGCGGACGAGUCUACCUAAAUGGGGAUGGAAUGGGAAAAGAAA